AUGUUCGUAAUCAACCAUUCCUUGAACGUCAACAUCCUACCUAUUGGGGAUGGUGUCAUCGUCAGUGAUCCUGUCCAAGCAGCAGAGACGAAUGGCGUUCAGUCGAUCAUGAAUAAUGUCGAAGGAUGUAAACAGUUCAGUGCCGGACGUAAACCCAACUUUAUCCUAAUCGAUUUCGUAGAGAAGGGAGAGGCCUUCAAGGCCGCGGAUACGUUGAAUGGCGUCACAUAA